GUUGUUCACUUGUUAUGUAAACAUCAUGCUAACCAAAUCAUAAAAUUUUGUCCUUUAUAAAUUGAAACUACUAAUUUUUCCAAAUACUUUUAUUGUGCGGUUUUGUACCUCUCUCUAUUUAGGCAUAUGUUCGAUUUAAACUCUUGUAAUUUAAAUUCCUGUCACCUAUUGUCGUAACUAUCGAAUUAUUAAAUAAAUAAAAAAUUCAAAUCAUCCAAAGAGCGCAUUUCACUGCCUCUCUAUCCUGUGUGCCUUCUUGGAUUGCCCUUGCUAAGACCCCUCGAGCUUUCCUUCUUCAGGAUUAUUCUCUCAUAAUUAAGUGCGUGAGGGAGGAACUUUGAACCCAUGUUUCCCCCAGACAAGAGACUAGUGCCAUUGAACCACAAGGCUUGGUGUUUCAUGUGGCUAAUAUAAUUACAAUGCAUAUGUUAUGUUGUUUUCCUACUUUAUUUAUAAGCUUAAUUUGGGAAAAUGCCUGAGAUUAUGUUAGGAAGCCACACUGUAAAAUCUCAUGGAGUCAAAGUGGCAAGAGGACAUAUGCAUGACUGGAUAAUUCUUUUGGUUCUUGGGGUAAUAGAUAUCGGUCUGAAUGUUAUAGAGCCUUUUCACAGAUUUGUUGGGAAAGACAUGAUGGCAGACCUGAGAUACCCAUUUAAAGAGGAUACUAUCCCUUUUUGGGCUGUUCCAUUCUAUGCUGUACUGUUGCCAUUUGCUAUAUUUACUAUAUAUUACUUUCGAAGAAGAGAUGUCUAUGAUUUGCACCAUGCCAUAUUGGGCACUCUAUUUUCUCUUCUAAUAACUGGAGUUAUUACGGAUUCAAUCAAAGAUGGUGUUGGUCGACCACGGCCAAACUUCUUUUGGCGGUGUUUCCCUGAUGGAAACCAGGUCUUCCAUCCUGUAACAUUGGAUGUCGUUUGUAAUGGAGAUAAGCGAAUUAUAAAGGAAGGAUACAAAAGCUUUCCUAGUGGACACACUUCAUGGUCUUUUGCAGGUCUUGGUUUCCUUUCAUGGUAUUUAUCAGGGAAAAUUAGAGUGUUUGAUCGCAGGGGCCAUGUUGGAAAACUUUGUGUUCCAUUUCUUCCAUUGCUUUUUGCUGCUUUUGUGGGAGUUUCUCGUGUUGAUGACUACUGGCAUCAUUGGACAGAUGUCUUCGCUGGAGGUCUUAUAGGAUUAACAGUAGCCUCAUGUUGUUACUUGCAGUUCUUUCCUUUUCCUCAUUCUGUGAAUGGUUGGGCACCUCAUGCAUAUUUUCAAAAUUUGUCAGAGAGCAAUAAUGUUCCUCGAAACUCUUUAAGAAGGGCUCGCUCUCUUGGUAUGGAGCUACAUGAAGCACAAACUUUAUUUAUAAGACACGACAAAAAUAAAGAAAUUGGAGAACCCAGUUCAGAAAGUACAAGUCCAUCAUUAGAUUCAAUGGAAGAUGGGACAAGCAGAUACUGAUUUUAGAUUUUUUUUUAAAUUAAAAAAAUAUGAAACAAUUAGACAUGUCUAUUUACAUAGAAAAUCCAACUUGUCACGUAUAUAUUCUAACUUUAAACUAUGUAUAGGACUUGGUAUGUGAUCACUUCCUAUAGAUGUUCUUGAAUUUUUAUUGGGCCAUAUUUCUAA